AUGCCGGUCAAAAAGGCCACCCGAUCGACGAGGUCGACCCGAACUACAAAAGCGUCAUCCAAACCGGCAUCCUCAGACCUUGUACUGGACGAAAACAUUGAUGCUGCCUCCGAACUUGAGGAGGUCAAGAAGAAGAAGUCCAAGUCGCCCACCUCCUCGAAAAUGAUGCUCAGCGAGCGCAAUGCACCCAACAGCGACCCUUCCAGCCCACUCAAGUCAUCCUCAGCAGACUCUGAAGCAGCCUCACAAAAGGCCAGCAAGUCGAAGAAAAGCAAGAAAGCCGCUCCUGAAGCACUGGUAGGCGAUAAGCACGUUCUCGACUACCGAUCAACCACUCCCAUACCCUCCUCCCCCACCAAGAAACGCUUGCCAGAGGAUCAAGUCCAAGCAUGUCUCCAAAAUUAUGAUCUUGAGAAUCAAGCUCGUGUAGCUCGACUCCGAGCUUCACUGGAAAUCUCAAUCCAGUCUUCCAUCACACGUAUGCGGUUGACCAUUGAACGAAUCCCUCGAGCGGUACGCGAGUUAACCCUAGCAAAGUUCAUCGAUGAAUACAACGCCGACCUUCACACUUUCAUGGGUCGUGCACCUGUUCAACACCUCAAAGAUACUCAGGAGGAAUGGGAUCAGAUCAGAGAAGAACGAUCACCGGUCAAAGCGAAGAGAAGCAAAAAGGAUAACGAAAUCGCAUUGGUCGGCACUAAAAGGAAGAGUGCAAGAACUACCAACCCUACCGCUUCAUCUUCUUCUCGCACCACAACAUCAGCAUCAACAGCGAGAGGGAUGAAGCCAACUCGAACAACCAAAGCUUCAUCUCGCGCAACAUCAGCAGCUCCCACCUCCCCCCUUGUUCCCUCCAAACCAGCACCAAGUCUAUCCAAGUUUCAACCAGACUUACCAAAACAAGCUCUACGAACUCCAAAACCGCGCGUUGCAAGACCAGGCGAAAUCAUCCAGUAUCAGAGCAUCAACGGGUCGCCGAUCUGUGGGAUUAUCGGCGAAGAUGGCGUGGUGCGGCCUGUUACUUUUGCCUAG